AUGGGCGGGGUGAUAGGGAAGCAUUCCCUCUUCCGGAGCUCAUCAAAACAGUCAGUGAAAUCCAACGCGAGCUCGCAAAACAAUCUCAAGUCUGACGUCGAUGGGGCUCCUGAUGUGCUAGGGAUCAAAAACAGCUCGAUUCAAGUUCAACCACACGAAGCAAACGGACAGGGAGGCUCGGGCAGUGCAGGACAACAUAGAGAUCUUGAGCAGCAAGCGUCGCAAUGCGACGGAUCCCCUGCAGAGUGGCGCUCAGAAGCAGGUCUGAAUGAGGUAGAAGACAAGGGCCAGAUGCCCUCGGGAGAACUACGGGCAAAGUACUUGAGAGCACAGUUUGAAGCUGUUUCAGCACCGCUCGCAUCUCUCGAUUUUCUUCAGCUGCAAAAGUUUCAAGCCCGACUGAUACGAAGACAAGGAGAGAAACUGCCUCUCAGCCAGAAGAACUUGUUCUCCAAGGGAAAGCACACGGAGAAGGAGAUUAGAGAGAUGGCGAAGCUGACAGCCGUUCAAGUUUUCAAGUCCUCGGGACUGUGGAACGAGGACGCAGACGCUCCUCGCAGUAGCGCCUCCAUCAACUUCGAGCAGUACCUUGCUUCUGCUCUCCAUGCGAAAAUGAAGACCGAGAGCGUUCAGUCGGUCGAAUUCAGCGCUGGACACGACGCAGCAAAGCACGGGAUCUUGAAGAAAGCAGCGACUCAGGCCGUCCUGCUACCGGAAGAAAUUCAUCCAAAGAGAGUUCGACGGUUGAGCUUCCCGGACUCUCUCAGUUUGGAAGAGAUUGAAGAGGAAUGGGAGGCAAAGAAGCAAGUCUCAAGGAGGCUGGGGAUCGAGCAAGGCAACUCUGAUCCCUUGUAUCCCCAGAGAGUCAUGUGA